GGGAGGAGCCGCCCCGGUGCCGGCAACAUGGCAGCGUCCAGCCGUGCCCAGGUGCUGCGGCUGUAUCGCGCCCUGCUGCGGGAGAGCCAGCGCUUCAGCGGCUACAACUACAGAACGUAUGCCAUCAGAAGGAUAAGAGAUGCCUUCAGAGAAAACAAGAAUAUAAAGGAUUCUGAAAAAAUAGAAGAACUAGUGAACAAAGCCAAAGCAAACCUAGAGGUUGUUCGUCGGCAGUGACCACUGGAAAUUGGAAGGAAGCAAGUUUCUACAUCUGAACUCUCUAAGGGCACUUGCAAUGCUUAAGCAGUUCCUCCUUGCAAAAUCUUCACUUGCUGACACCAGUCAACGCUCAGUAGUACUUUUAUUAAGCAUCAAAUGAAUAUGUGCACCUGUUCCUCCAUGGUUUGUUUUAACAUGCAUCUUUAAACAACCCACAGGUCAGUUAGAUGGAUUCUUAUUUCAGUAGGAAGCUGGGCCCUUUGAUUUGACAAUUAAGUAUGAAUACUUAGGUGCAACUUAAAUUAUUUCUUUGGCGUGUCUUCUUCCAGGAACAGGUGUUGUUUUGUGCUACCAUAGUUUUGCUAUCUUUUUUUAACCUAAACACUGCUAUUUUUGUAUUUUAAGUGUUUCUCGAAGAAACAAUUCAGAUUGGAUUGCUACAAUGCAAUUGCAUUUAAAUAUUAUGGUGUUUUUUCUCGUAUCUGUAGGUGAUAAUUAGUCUUUUCAGCUCUUAUUUUUGAGGUUUUGUCUUGGAAAGCCUUGACAUCCUUGAUACAUCUCCAGGGAAGUACUAGAGGCUGGAGAAGAAAAUGAAGGAAGGGGUGUCACAGGAGAAGAGUCGGGUAUCACUUGUACAAAUCUGACCUAGUAGUUAGUCUCUUGAGUUCUAAUCAGUAAAUUUAUGUAUGUGAAAUACUUAGUUAUUACAAACAGAUUGGCGGUCAAUGCUCCACUACAUACUACCCUUAAAGUUAGUAUGGGAUACAAAAAUUACUGCUUAAGCUUGCUAUAUGUAUCUUAAAUGUUACAUACAAGCAAAAAACAUCAGUUACCAACCUGUUGAUGUCUGGUGUCAGGUAAGGUAUCUCUCAGCCUCGGUACCACAUGGGGUAGCUCACCUUGAGAAGCAUCCCUGCUCAAGGGACAGUGGCUAUGGAGGGACCUCGUGGCUGCAGAUAUUUAUAGCGUAAAGUCUGUGAGGUGGAGUCAGACCUUCUGCUGUGUUAAUGCACUUAAUACAACCUGUCUCCAGGUUUUUUGAGAGUGUGGUGCUGAGUUCUCACCAAUAGCAUCACACAAUAGGAUUAACUUCAUUUAUGCCUUCUUGCUGUGCAUCUGCCUGGACCCAGGUUCAGUUGUUGAAGUAUCUCUUAAAUCAAAUCUUAAAUGUCAUACUUGUAGAAAUUUUCCAGACAAAGCAUUCAGUUUUGGAAGGGUUUAUCUUACACGUUUCCAGGAGUAACAGACAGUAACACACAGAGUAACAUAAUACACAAUGGAACUUUUUAACAAAAAAUAAUCUGAUAAAAGAAAAUUAUUUUAUCAAGAUAAUUCUUUUUACACAAAUCCCUGUAAGACUUGAUGUUUGGGUAAUAAAGAUCUUUUUUGCUGUAAAAAA